GACUCCAGCUGAAGGCUUGUGCGUGACGUCAGCACGAGCUCCAUUUAUGGUGUUUUUCACUUCAAACGUGAAUCGAGUCCCAACGCUUCAGCUUCAGGCUUUAAAAAUAUCCUCAUCUAGUGAAAAAAAUGAAUGUGGAUCAUGAGGUCACACUCCUGGUGAAUGAGAUUCGUAGGCUUGGCAGCGAAAAUGCAGAUGGUAAAAUCAGUGUCAAAUUCGGUGUCCUAUUCAAUGAUGACAAGUGUGCCAACCUCUUCGAGGCACUCGUUGGAACACUGAAAGCAGCCAAGCGAAAGAAGGUCAUCACGUUUCAGGGCGAGCUCUUGCUGCAAGGAGUUCAUGACAAUGUUGAUGUUAUAUUACUGCAGGAAUGAACUGAAGAACUGGCCUGUAUCUUCUUUGUAUACUUUUAUAAAUAUGGUUUUGCUGAGGGGAAUGAGUGCUUUUUGACCAAACGUCUUGUUUUUUUUAAUGAACAACGCCACUAUCACAAAAUAGUCUAUGAUAAUCCUUUAGAUGUGUGACUGCAACACAAAAUGCAUAUUGUGUGUGUGGUUUUUUUUUUUUUUUUUUUUUAACAUAUCAAUCUUGUAUAGAAUUUUGUUAACAAGGUUAGGCUCUUGGGAAACUUGACAUCAAUAUAAAUUCUUUUCUGAUAUUGUUUUGUAAUGCUUAGUUUCAAAAGACAUAAGCCAAGGAUUUCCAAGUGCAAUACUAUUAUUGUAAACCUGGCUAUCAGUUGAUUAUUUGUGCUUUGUAGGUAAUCUAGACAAUUAUGUCAAAUUUCAUAUUUGAGAAAUUGCUUUUUCAACAUGGAAACUUUACCCAAGAAAAUUAAAUGAUUUAUGACAAGAUUAUAGCACAAAUUUUAUAAGGAUUACUGCUUUGAUGAAAUCACAAGUAUCUCAGGCAUAUUAUUUUGGUGCUGGUUCAAUUCAUAAUAAACUGUUUCAUUUGGUCAAA